AUGGCAGCUGCUGUUCUUCUGCUCAUGGUCUCUCUGCUGCAUUUGCUCGCAGCACAAGGACCGGGAGUUCUUUUUAUUAAGAGUGGAUCAGACUUACUUCUGGAUGCAAACACAACUCUUAGAAUUUCAGAAAAUGCUUUUUUGGUAUGGAAAUUUAAAGAAAUACAGAAUAUUGUACGAUUUAUGUUCGGUUCUCAAAAUGCAACACUCCAUCAAUCAUGGCGUGACAGAGCUCGGCUUUUCAAAACAAAUUACUCCUUGCUAUUAAAUAAAGUCACAGUCAGUGAUAGUGGAAGCUACGGUGCACUUUUCAGUGGUGACGAUGACAAAUACGUGGCCAAAUACAAAGUUCAAGUCCAAGAUCCAGUGUCUCCCGUUCAUCUGACAGUGAGCUCCAGCAGCUCCUCCUCCUUGUCCUGUAACCUCACAGUGACCUGCAGCACAGGGAACUCAAACAUCCAUGCGGCUAUCCAGUGUCAUAACCAAACCUGCUCUCUAGAAAACAGCACGAUGCAUUCGCCUCAUCUAUAUAUCUACCUGGAGAGUGACCACAUCAUCUGUAACCAUAGCAACCAAGUCAGCAGGGAGACUAACAAAACUGAGAUAAAAUCUUAUUGUUCAACAAAACCAGUGUCCAGAGCGGUGUAUCUGCAGACGGGAGAUUCUGUCUUUCUAAAUGUCACAGAGACUGAUGUUCCGGCAAAUUUUUUUAUUCUUUCAUGGAAGUUCAGUGGAUUGAAUGAUUUAAUGAUAACAUUUUCACCUCAUGAAAAACCCCAUGUCCAUCCUAAUUAUUCUAGUAGAAUGGAUUAUGACGUGAAAAAAUACUUUGUUAAAUUGAGGAAUCUGCAAAAGGCAGACAGUGGGGUUUAUACAGCACAAGCAACAACGUUUCAAGUUAAAACAGUUGCUGAAUACAACGUCACUGUACAAGAUCCAGUGUCCCCGGUCAAGAUGGCAGUGAACCAGAGAGAGUUCAGCUCCGUGUCCCUGUCCUGUAACCUCACAGUGACCUGCAGCACAGAGGACGCUCACAUCAGCAGCACUUUCACAUGUGACAACAAAACCUGCCGUCUGGAGGGAGGAGAGAGAUCACAGAUCACAAAGUCCGCUGCCUCUCUCCAAGUCCAGUUGUCAGGUCAAUCCAUCAUCUGUAACCAUAGCAACCAGAUCAGCUGGACCAAAGACGUGAUAAAGAUUCAGGAUCACUGCAUCCAAUAUGGUGAGACUGAAAGAUAUUCAAGCAAUUAUCUUGUAAGAUCUCACUAUCAAACGCUAUCAAUUCAUUUAAAGAAUUAA